AGAAACACUAUUGACUUCUAACGUUGAGUGUACCUCACCCGCCCCAUAUUUUGGGAUUAGGGUUAGGGAUUUUCAGAUCUGAAAACAACCAAAAGUCAACAAGUUCAUUCCUUUCAAAGUUCCCCAUAUAUAUAUUCACAAGUCAGGGUUUUUGAAUUAGGGUUUAUUUUGUGUUUGAGUGAAGUGCUUUGGGUGUACAAGAGGGUAAUUUUGAGCUGCCAAUGCAAUUUGAUUUGAAUUUGGGAGAUUUUUCGGUUAUUUUUGGGCCACCGAAAAACCUGCACAACAAUGUCUUGGGCAAGUCCAGAAGAUAUCUAUACCUCUACUUCUCUUGCUAGCUAUCUUGAUAAAAAACUUCUUGUGUUGCUGAGAGAUGGGCGAAAGCUUUUGGGAACACUUCGUUCUUUUGACCAAUUUGCUAAUGCUGUCCUAGAAGGGGCAUGUGAUCGUGUUAUUGUUGGUGAUCUAUACUGUGAUAUUCCAUUGGGUCUUUAUAUUAUCCGUGGGGAAAAUGUCGUGUUAAUUGGCGAGUUGGACGUAGAUAAGGAGGAACUUCCACCCCACAUGACUCGUGUUCCUGAAGCAGAGAUAAGAAGGGCCCAAAAAGCAGAAAGGGAGGCGACAGAUCUUAAAGGUUCAAUGAGAAAGAGGAUGGAAUUCCUUGAUAUGGACUGAAAUUUCUUGCUGAUACUGGGUUCUGCUUGGAAUCAUGCCAUGCCUUGCGCAAAUAUUAUCGCGGUAGCUGGGUGGUGGCAAAAAAAGUAACUACAAAUGGAUUUGUCUUUUCUCACUGGUGUACCCUAUUUGGCAGUGCAUUGUAACAUCUACAGUAAAUAAUUGCAGUUCGGAUGGGUAAACAGGAGUUGAUACUGCUAUUAUCUUUUUAUAUUUUCUCCGUUAGAAUGCUAGACUACGAAGAUGGUAAACGUUAUCCAGCCUUCUUCCAUUGUCUUCUAAUUCUAGUGUGGUAGAACGUAAACUUUUAUGGUUGAUUGUAUAGACUGAAAUGUGGAUUCAGCAAUUUAUCCCGUUUAAAAUAACAGCUAAUUUUGCUUAUA